AUGCAUCGCUGGUCAAGCUGGCGAUUAGGCGCACCGCUGUUUGCGCUGCUGGCGACGUUGAUCGUCGUCCCGCUCGGCUCGGCCUUCACUGAUCCUUACGACAUCUUGCACCAUGUCGGCACCACGAGCUUUCUGCCCGAGUACUACCAGCCGGACACGGACGAGAUCUGCAUCCGCAAUGGCAUCCGUAACGUUGCUUGCAGUGCCGACAACUUUCGGCUGGUCAAGCUCGACUCUGUGACGCGUGCCAAUCUGCAUCAACUGAUUGCACAAAAACAGAACGAGCCGAGCAUGAUGCAGUUGGCCGUAUACGUGAUGCUGGUCGAUCUGGAGCGGAACAUGCACCAUGGCUGGCAGGUUGGACAAAGUACGGCACAACAGGCUCGCGCGACGAUAAACGACCAAGUGCAGAUGCAUUUGGGUUUGGCGGUAAGCCAGAGUGACAUGGAUCCCAGCAUCGACGGACCGGGCGCGGCAAAACGAUUGGGCGCUCCUCCUGUAACAGCGCAAGAGGAAUCCUGCUACAAACGUUGGUUGCAGAGAAACAAGUUUGCCACUGCCGACGUGGAUACCGCACUCAACGAGCUCUACGUUCGACACGUCACCAUCACCCAGGAUAAGAAGCGAUGGGACAUACAAAGCACCACCGGCUGCACCGAAAAUACGCUGCUCAAACGCGACACUGGUGACCGAGUUGAUGCUGUCGUGGACGAUGACAUGAAUGUCUAUCAUCCGGUCUUGGGAACGCAUAACCAAGAUCCUUGGGCCAAGUGGCGCGAAUUCGAUGCUCGACAUGAAUUUCUUCCGAGCGGCGAAUUCGGACAUCGCAAACGCUCGAUCCAAAGGCGUGAAAACUGCGUGGGUGGACAUCGUCAUCGGAAGCGCGGGGGUAGAGCGGAACAGCAAGGCGCUGAUGCGUCUGUACCGUUGGCGAGCGGCGUGGACUAUGCGAUCAACAUGCCCUCUGCGCCGACGCCGGGUGGGGUGGGUGCUGGCGUGGUCGGCGAUGCUGGCUUGGGCGGAUCGCGCAUCUCGAGCCAACCGCACGGGUUCGCUGCGCAAGUCACCGGCGGAGGCUCGACUGCAGCUGUGGUACCCAAAGACGUCAACGAGCUCGUGCAACUGCUUUCGGACGCUCAACCUCGCGUGAUCCACCUAGACAAAGUGUACGACCUGCGCACCACCGAAGGCAUCUGCACCAACUGUCGCGGCUGCAUUCCAGAUUCAUACGUCAAGUGCCCCGACAAAGGCCAGCUGGCGAUCGACAACGGCCAAGGCUGGUGCAAAGACAAACGCGCCACAGCCGUCACCUACGACAAAGCCGGCCUCACUCCCAUCACGGUAUCGUCCAACAAGUCCGUCAUCGGCAUCACGUCCAACGCCGCGAUCCGCGGCAAAGGCUUGCGCAUCGCACAUCACCAAAACGUGAUCCUCCACAAUUUCCGCAUCGACGAGAUCAAUCCACAGUACAUCUGGGGCGGAGACGGCAUCACCCUCUACGACACCGACCUCAUCUGGAUCGACCGCAUUACAUUUGCACACAUCGGUCGACAGUUUAUCGUCACCGGCUACGAAUCUGCAGGCCGCGUGACUAUUUCGAAUUGUCUAUUUGACGGCGCUACCAAGUGGUCGGCUACCUGUGAUGGUUCGCACUACUGGACUGUUCUCGGCUACGGAUCGGGCGACAAGGUGACGUUCUCGUCGAAUGUGAUGAGCAACUGUUCUGGCCGAUCGCCACGAAUUGCGAGCCCGGACGCCAACGGUCAACAGCCAGCCGUGUGGCACAUUGUCAACACCAUUUUCGACCACAACACCGGCCACUCGCUCGAUAUGGGUCCCGGUGUCUCGGCGCUGAUCGAAGGCAAUGUGUUCAACGAUGUCGCACAGACCAGCCUGCACGAGGCUACUCCUGGCAAAGCGUUCGCGCCCAGUGACCAGCCAGUCUGCAACCAGUGCAAAGGUCCAUUGGGUAGAAACUGCCAGCCCAACGCUUACAAGAACGCCAACCCGGUCCCCAGCACCAGCAACCCAGCAGACGUGCUCAAGGAUGUGGCCAAAGAAAAGGUCAGCGGCGCCAUGUCGCCACGCCAGGUCAUCGAGAGUGUCAGCAAGAGCGCCGGUGCGGCCGGCGCAGCCGCCGUCAUCGGCGCUUCCAGUCCAGAUGCUAGCCCCGGCGCUAGUGGCGAUGCAAAGCUGAGCUACGCCGCAGCUUUGUCUGCUCCACAGCAACCUCCUUCUGCCGGCCAAGGAAAAGCCGCCGCUGUCAGUCCAGAUAUCAAGAAGCAGCAGGAGGAGGAGCAGAACAAGAAGCAGCAGGAGCAAGAGCAGAACAAGAAGCAGCAGGAGGAGGAGCAGAACAAGAAGCAGCAGGAGCAAGAGCAGAACAAGAAACACGACCAACAGAAGCAGCGCGAAAAGAAGCAACAGGAGGACGAGAAGAAGCAGCAACAGCAGAAGCCGCCUUCACCUCCUGCACCGCCGUCGCCACCAUCACCAAAGUAG